CAAACGUAUCAUUCAUUCAAUUUUUCAUGUUUUGUUAAAUUUUCCACGUAUCAAUAGAAUCAUGGCUAUUUCUCACGGAAUCAGAGAAUCAGUGAACCAAGAACUGGUAGAGGAUAUGGCUUCAAACAGGGAAUGGAAGUGUGUGAGUGAGUGAGCGAGCGUGAGUGAGUGAUAAGACAAUGAUUGUGCUGUGCCGGGGUGUUGCUCGUGUUGCUGAUCAGAGUCUUACGUAUGGGCCGGGAUUGUAAUAAGCGAUCAGGUGGAGUGGAUAUGGCAUGUGACUGAAGGUGCAAUAAUUUUGGUUUGGAAGUGCAUGAUUAAAAUAUAAAGAUGAGGUUCUUAGCAAGUGCACAUUCAUCUUUAUUGUCGAGAACUAGAUAUGUAAAACGUGGAUGCAGAUGUGAUCGACAGAUUUAUCGUAUACUUCUCAACCAUGAGCGCGAGUUCAAAUACCAGUCUAAUGUUAUGAUUAUGCCCCUAACCUCAACCCUUCCGUGUUUAAGAGUUACAGGAAGCAGUUGCAGUGGUGCUUUCAGUGAAAGACAAAGAGCCAAUUCAAAUGUCGUGGGAAGAACUAUAUAUCAGUUCCCAAUAUCAAGCUUGUGUUGUAUGUCUUCUCGCAUACCUGCAUUAGUUUUUGUCAGGCAUUUACAUGUAGGGUCUCCAAGAUUUGAUAAAGAACCAUUAAAACCUUCAUCAAAGGUUGAACAGACUGUUGAAGUUCUGAAGAAAGAUUUAUUAGUAAGUGAAAAACCUGCAGUAUCUCCUGCUGUGAAGAAAACACUUUGGCAGAAGAUAAAGGAUGAAUGUGUCCAUUACUAUCAUGGUUUUCGUCUGUUAUUUGUGGACAUCAAUGUAUCAAGAAAAUUGCUAUGGAGAGUUAUGAAUGGGAAGUCUUUAUCAAGAAGAGAGUAUAGAUUGUUGGUGCGAACCGUGUCGGAUAUGUUUCGUCUAGUGCCAUUUUCUGUUUUCAUAAUCGUUCCUUUUAUGGAAUUCCUCCUACCUUUUGCUAUCAAAUUCUUUCCUGGCAUGCUGCCAUCUACAUUUGAAACUGCUACUGAUAAGGAAGCAAAAUUAAAACGCUCACUAAAAGUCAAUCUUGAGGUGGCAAAAUUUUUACAAGAGACUCUUGAUGAAAUGGCUGUGAAGGCAAAAGGUCAUUCAAGUGACACUACAAAACAGUUCACAGAGUUCUUUGCUAAGCUAAGAUCAUCUGGACAGCAAGCUACAACUGAAGAAAUAUUGAAAUUUUCCAAGUUAUUUGAAGAUGAAAUUACAUUGGAUUCAUUGCAACGGCCACAGUUGGUUGCUCUUUGCAGACUUCUUGAAUUACACACUUUAGGAACAAAUAAUUUCUUGAGAUUUCAGUUGAGAAUGAAAUUAAGAAGCUUAGCUGCUGAUGAUAAAAUGAUUCAAAAAGAAGGAGUUGAUUCCUUAAAUCCUCAGGAAUUGCAACAAGCAAAUAAAGCUCGUGGAAUGCGAGCUUAUGGCAUUUCUGAAGCACGCCUUAAAUCACAGCUAGCUCAAUGGCUUGAUCUUAGUUUAACUGAAAAAGUGCCGCCUACACUGCUCCUCCUAUCAAGAGCAUUACUAGAAAUGCCAGAAACUGUUCCUGCCAGUGAUCAACUUAAAGCAACUAUCUCUGUAUUGCCAGAAACUUUGGUUACACAAACUAAAGCGGCUAUUGAAGAAAGAGAAGGAAGAAUUGACAAUAAAACAAAGAUUGAUGUUAUUAAGGAAGAAGUACGUUUAAUAAAAGAAGAAAGACAAGAAAUGCGGGAAGAAGAGAAAAGACGAGAAAAAGAGGAAGUUCUUAUCGAUCAUGCUCCAACAUUGGUUGACAAAGCUCCUGAAAUAGUUGCUGAGAGACCAGCUGGUGAUAAGAAGGAGCUGACAUCUACAGACCUUGAAACUUUGGAAGAUGCUCUUGAUGAAGUUAGCAAGGAUAGAAAGAAACUUCUAAUGGAAAGAGAGGAACUUGAUGAACUUAAGGAAGAACUUGCCGAGUAUCAGGAGGAUGUUGCGGAUUUGAAGGAAGUUCUUAAAGUGGCUGGAGAUUCCAAAGUGGAUGUUCAAGAAACCAAAGGUGCUCAACGUUUAUUCAAGAAAGUUAGUAGCAUGAUUCAGAAAAUGGAUGCAGUGGUUGCCCAACUAGAAAAGGAAGAACAGCUAUUGAAACAGGACCUUGCCAUGGGUGAUACUGAAACCAAAAAGAAAUGUGAAGAGUUGGUGUCCAUUGAAGAACUAAUUAAAGCGAUAAAGCUAAUACAGAAGGUUCCAGAUGAAUCCCUUGUGGAAAGGCUAAGUGAAGCUCUGUCUAAAAUAGAUUUGGAUCGAGAUGGUGCUAUUCGUGUGGAUGAUUUGCGCAAGGUAAUUGAGGUUGUUGGAAAGGAGAAAGUGAAACUCAGUCAAAAGCAACUGGAUGAAAUAGUUGAAUUAAUGACCAAAGAAGAAAUAAUUGAGCUAGAGGAACAAAUAGGAAAGGUCCUCGAAAAAGAAAGCCUUCAAAGUGUGAGGGAGAAGAAAGGACCCAAGAGUCCUGGAGAGAAGGCAUCUGGUGUUCCUGCUGGAAAGGAAGCUGAAACUGAAUCUUCUCAGGACAAUAUAAAGAAGGAAAGUAAGAAAUAAUUACAAGGUAUUUAAUUUAUUGUGACUGUUGUUAACAUAGUAAAUCUUAAUGAAAUUGACAUGUGCAUAAUGUGUUCUUCUAAAUGAAUAUUUAAUAAUUUGUGCAGUACUGUGAUACAGUUAAUAGACAAUAUCAAAUAGCUAUAAAUUUAUUAUUUACUAUGUGGUGGCGUUUUAUUAACUUUGUUGGAAUAAGGUUAUACUUCAGGGAAGUAUUUUCUUAGUUACCUCCUUAGUUCACAUUUCUCUCUUGUGUUCCUCUGUUAAACUUGCUGUGUGUAAUAUAUUUAUCAUCAGUAAUAGCAAGCACAAAAUUAGAGGAUAUAUUAUAUAUUUUGCGCUGUAUCCUGAUUUUCUGAAAGUAUGUACGUGCUCUACUAUUUUUUAACUGUAUUAUAAAAUGCAAAUAAGCUUGAUGCAUAUGUUUGUGAAUGAAAAUUGUAUGAAAGUAGAAUGUACAUAUGUAAGUGUAAUUUAAUAUUUAUAUGUACAUGAGAAAUAAAGAUGGUAUGGAACAAGU